CAUGUGUAUCUCCUUUCUUUCUUUCUAACAACCAAAAAUAACCGUCUCUUCUUGUCAAUUUAUCCAUCUUCGUCAUUUCACCCAUCCUUUUUAGCAAAGACUAGUGAGUGAGAGAGGCGUCGGCGGUUGGCUUGGAUUCUUGUGGAAAAAAUAGCUAGCUAGGACCCUUGUGUUUUUGUCUUAAAAAGAUUCGUCUGUUUUAUAAUAGCCAAGGUUGGUGGAGGGUUGUGCAGGAUAUACAGUUCAAUGUCAAGCUCAUCCCCAAUAUCCCCAAGCUUUUAUUUCAUUGCUUUCUUCUUGCCUUAACCUCUAGGGUACUAGCUGGAAGCCAUCUUUACCUUUUUUUUUUUUUUUUUUUUGGUGCUAAUGACUAUGGGGAUGCAGUGUUUUCUGAGCAGAGAGAAGAGCAGGUUCUUGCUCAUGUUGUGCAUCUUGUUGGUUUUUUUUAUAGAGAUGACACCCACUACAGCUAGCAGAAGCAGCAGCUCAUCUACUCAAGAUCUGGAGGUUCAAACCCAGUUGAAGCUCUUGAACAAGCCUGCUGUUAAAUCUAUCAAGAGCCCAGACGGAGAUAUAAUCGACUGCAUCAAAAUCACCCAUCAACCAUCUUUUGAUCAUCCUUUACUCAAAAACCAUACAAUUCAGAUGACACCAAAUUUUCACCCAGAAGGUAUUUUUGCUCAAAACAAGGUUUCAUCAUCAAGGACCAUUACACAGCUGUGGCACUUGAAUGGAAGGUGUCCAGAGGGAACAAUUCCCGUAAGAAGAACUAAAAAAGAUGAUUUGUUAAGAGCAAGCUCUAUCAAAGCAUUUGGUAAAAAGAAGCACAUAACCAUCCCUCAACCAAGGUCUGCAGCUCCUGACCUCAUCAGUCAAAGUGGCCAUCAGCAUGCAAUAGCUUAUGUGGAUGGAGAUAAGUAUUAUGGAGCUAAGGCAACCAUAAACGUUUGGGAACCCAAAAUACAGCAAUCUAAUGAAUUCAGCUUGUCCCAAAUCUGGAUCUUGGGAGGUUCUUUUGGCGAAGAUCUCAAUAGCAUUGAAGCAGGUUGGCAGGUGAGUCCAGAUUUAUAUGGAGAUAACCGCACUAGACUCUUCACUUAUUGGACUAGUGAUGCAUAUCAAGCCACUGGUUGCUAUAAUCUCCUCUGCUCAGGCUUCAUUCAAAUCAACAAUGAAAUAGCCAUGGGUGCUACCAUCUAUCCUGUUUCUGGUUAUCAUGGUUCCCAAUAUGAUAUAAGCUUACUUAUGUGGAAGGACCCAAACGAGGGGAACUGGUGGAUGCAAUUUGGUAAUGACUAUGUGCUAGGUUACUGGCCAGCCUUCCUCUUUUCCUACCUGUCCGACAGUGCCUCCAUGAUUGAGUGGGGAGGAGAGGUUGUAAACUCGGAAUCAGAUGGACAGCAUACUUCCACCCAAAUGGGUAGUGGCCAUUUCCCCAAAGAAGGUUUUGGGAAAGCUAGUUACUUUAAGAAUAUUCAAAUUGUUGAUGGAUCCAAUAAUCUCAGGGUUCCUAAAGACAUUGGCACUUUCACUGAGCAAUCCAACUGCUAUGAUGUGCAAAUUGGCAAGGGUGGCAAUUGGGGCAGCUACUUUUACUAUGGUGGUCCUGGUCGAAGCCCUGACUGCCCCUGAUCAUUUAAAGCUUAGACAAGAAAGUCAGGUAACCAUGAAAUGUUUAGAAAAGAACAUUCAUCAAUCCACGUGCAUGCCCUUAAAGUUAGACUUGUAAAUUUGUGAAUCAUGUUUUCACCUCUAGAUUGUAGCAAUACAAGGUUAUAAACUCAGCCUAAAAUUUGUUGUGAGGCAGGGAGGUAUUCCUAGCAGAUAUUCUUUGUUUGGACAUAUGAGAGUAUAUUUUGAAUUGUUGCUGGUUUUCUACUUUCUUGGGCUGCUGUCAGAAUGUAUCCAAGCCGAAUUGUUCUUAAACAGCUCAAUUAAAGUUGAGUUUAAUUGUACGUACAAACAAAUAAAGCUCAAGGCAUCGUACCAAUGCCCAAACUCAUCAACGUGAAAUGAAGUUAAUAUUUCUUGUAGGGAUCAAAUCAAUUUCAUGU